UACAAGAGGGAAAAGGGGCGCAGAAGGUAAAGGGUGGGUAAAUGGUGACAAAAGAGACUUAACUUGGGGUAGUGAACACACAAUACAAUAUACAGGUGAUAUAUUAUAGAAUUGUAUACUUGCAACCUAUCUAAUUUUAUUAACCAAUGUCACCCCAAUAAAUUCAUUAAAUUUUUUUAAAAAGAUAUUUGGGAAAAAAACACCGAUUUUCCUCUGAGACCAAGAUAAGCACAAUCUCCUCCCAUUAGACGUCGACAGCCUGUUGGGCAGUCCAGUUUCCUUGGUUCAUUUUACUGCCAUUUACUGAAUGCCGGCCAUGUGUCAGAAGAAUAAGGUAUGACACCCCUGCCAUCCCAAAGCCCGCAGUCCAGGAAGGGAACCCAGACAUGUAAACAAUUGCAAUCUGUGUUGGAGGUACGCACUGUAAUAACUGAAAAUAAAACCUACAGGCGCAUAAAGGGGAAUAAUCUUCAGUGCUGUUCCUGGAGACAUUUAUAUUCACUCCUGUGGACAGGGACCAUUUUAUCACUGAUGUAUCUCAGGCACCUAAAAAAAGUGCCCAGCACCUGUAAUGAGUAGAUGCCUAAUAAAUGUUUGUUUUUUGUGCUUAAAAAAAAAAAAAAAAAAGAUACAGCGUCAGUGGUACCUUAAUCAUUAUCCUCCCGAACUGGAAUGGACCCACGAGGACUCCCAGGUCAGUUUCGGAGGCCCCGCCCCCGGGCGUCUGUGACGUCAGAGCAGCCCCCCUGCUCCCCUCUGCUGGCCGCAGCCGCUGCGCUCUCUGGCUUGGCCCGUUAGAGGCCGCUUUGGUCCGGGGAACGCGGGCGGACCGUCUGGGCCAUGAGGAAGCUCGGUGCUGGCUUCCUCCUCUCGCUCCUGAAGGGUGAGAGGUUCCCGCUCCCGCCUCCCCGCCCCCCGGCCGGGUCCGCCUCCCGAGGACCCUCCUUCACUGAUUCGGAAACGUUUCCCACGGUGGACGCCCCCUCGCUUCUGCCCCAUCUCCUCCCCGUCUCCCCAGGGCUCUCCUUUGCCUCUGUCCCUGGCAUCCCCACUGACCAGACACCCCGAUGCUAAUCCACACGGGGCUCCGCUGGCCAGCGUGGGUCCAUCCCGGGCCCGGAGCGGGUUCUGGAGUUGGGUCCGUCCGCCCAUCCGCCUGUUCCCCGCCCGCAGUGCUGCUCUUGCCUUCAGCUGCCCCUGGCCGCAGCCGCGGCGGCGGCGAGGAUUCAGUUCCGACCUCCACGCCCGGGAGCCCCCUCUCUCCCGCCGAAUAUGAGCGCUUCUUCGCACUGCUGACCCCCACCUGGAAGGCAGAGACUACCUGCCGUCUGAGAGCCACCCACGGCUGCCGGAACCCCACCCUUGUCCAGCUGGACCAGUAUGAGAACCACGGCUUGGUGCCCGACGGUGCUGUGUGCUCCGACCUCCCUUACGCCUCCUGGUUCGAGUCCUUCUGCCAGUUUACUCAGUACCGUUGCUCCAACCAUGUCUACUACGCCAAGAGGGUCCGAUGCUCCCAGCCAGUCCCCAUUCUCUCACCUAACGCUGACCAGGAGACAGACUCUUCUACUGAAGCACAGCCCUCCACCAUGACCUCCCCCAUGCCAUCCCACAACACAGCCACAGAACGGCAGGCCUUCCAGCCCUGGCCCGAACUGCUCAAGAACAAUGUGGAGGAGCUGCUGCAAGCCUCCAUGUCCCUGGGAGGCCCAGAGCGGGUGUCAGGCCACAAGCAGGGUCAAAGGCAGGAGCAACAACAGGAGCAAGGACAAAAACAUAAACAGGAGGGAGAGGAGGAGGAGGAGGAGGAAGAGGAGGAGGAAGAGGAGGAAGAGGAGGAGGAGGAAGAGGAGGAGGAGGAGGAGGAGGAGGAGGAGGAGGAGGAAGAGGAGGGGGAGGGGAAGCAGGAGGAAGGACAGGGGACAAGGGAGAGACUGCAUACCAUGUAUGGGCUGCAGACAGACUCAGAGCCCAAGCACCAGGCUGGUUUAUCUUCCAACCCUUUGUCCUUCGCUGCCCGGGUGCGGGAAGUGAAGUCUACGCCUAUGAUGACGGAGAAUAUCCAGGAGCUCAGUCAACCUGCCCAGGAAAUGGAUGAAAUGAGUGAGGUGUUUGAUGAAGACUCUGCUUGGAGAAGCCAAAACUCUGGCAGCCUCUUGCAGCUGCCCCAUGAGGAGGCCUUACUCGUGAUGUGCUAUUCCAUUGUGGAGAACACCUGCAUCAUGACCCCCACAGCCAAGGCCUGGCGGCACUUGGAGGAUGAGAUCCUUGGUUUCGGGAAGUCGGUCUGUGACAGCCUUGGGCGGCACCACCUAGCUAUCUGUCCCCUCUGUGCCUUCUGCUCCCUGAAGCUGGAGCAGUGCCACUCGGAGGCCAACCUGCAGCGGCAGCAGUGUGACGGUUCCCACAAAACACCCUUCAUGAGCCCCUUUCUCUCAUCCCAGAGCAUGGCCAUCGGCAUCCAGAUGGGGAAUGUAAAAUCGAGCCGCUAUUAUGGGCUGGAUAUUUAUGGCGGGCUUCGCAUGGAUUUCUGGUGUGCCCUGCUAGCCACGAAGGGCUGUGAAGAUACUCGAGUAGCUGGCUGGCUCCAGGCUGAGUUCCUUAGCUUCCAGGAUGGGGAUUUCCCCACCAAGAUUUGUGACACAGACUAUGUGCAGUACCCAAACUACUGUGCCUUCAAAAGCCAACAGUGUCUGAUGAGAAACCGGGAUCAGAAGAUAUCCCGUAUGAGAUGUCUGAAGAACGAGAGUUACAAUAUCUUGACCCCCGCCAGAAGCGAGGACCUUGUGCUUCGAUGGAGCCAGGAGUUUAGCACCUUGACUCUAGGCCAAGCCGGAUGAGCUGGGAUUCUUCCUGUCUCCACCUCAACCCACAUUCUCCAUUGCUUUCUUACUCCAUUGGCCAUCAGUUUGCAUCCAGGCUGCCCCUUUUGUGUCUCUUGCCUGGUCCCUACCCACGUUUUCCUUGGGUCGGGGCAGGAGUCCCUGAAAGUGAUGGAACUCCACCUGCCUUAAAGGAUGUCUUUGCAUAAAGUGUUUAUUUUCAACCUAUGUGGCCCAUUUUGGUUAUGAUCCCAUCCUCAGCACUGCCACAGUGCCCCAUGGGGAUCAACUCGCCCCCCCCCCCCUUGCCCAGGGGCUUAUGGACCCAUCUAUAGGAGAGAGAAUCUCAUGGGAAUGAUGCUCAGCGAAGCAGCCAUCUGCUGGGAGAAGAGGCCCUGAAAAUCAGGGAGUUGGAUUAAAGAAGACCAUGGCUGGGGCUCAGGGAUCCUGUGGGCCAGGAGGGCAUGUGUCUUCAUCUCUGAAUGAUGUUCCUAGUGCCCCCUCUCCCUUCCUCUCUGAAAUAUAAAAUAUAUUUUUAAGGGUGGAAACAUCUGGGGCCUGGAGCUCAGGAAACCUUUGAUUUGACAUCUAGUAAUGUGCCAAAUGGUCUCAGUGUUGAAGUGGUUGUGUCUAGACAACAUACUUUGAGAUGUGACUUCAGCAUUGGCCUUUAAUAACUUGGGAUAUCCCAGAGUAUGUUCUGGGGACACACAUGUUUGGGAAACUGUACAGUCUCUUCUAUAGGUUUACAGUGAUUAAAGCAUUAAAAACAAACAAACAAACAAAAAACUAUGCCCCUGGCCAGUGUUGUUCAGUGGUUGAAGCAUUGGCCAGAGUACUGAAGGGCCUUGGGCUUGAUUCCCAGUCAGGGCAUGUAGCUAGGUUGCAGACUCAAUCUCCAGCCCCAGUCAGGCACGUGUGGGAGGCAACCCAUAGAUAUGUCUCUCAUAUCGAUGUUUCUCUCUCACACAAAUACACACAAAUGGAAUAAUAUAAUGCACCUCUAUGCUUCAUCCAGCUUCAAUUAACACACUAGAGGCCUGGUGCAUGAAAUUCUUGCAGGGGGGGGAUGUCCCUCAGCCCAGCCUGCACCUUCUCCA